GUUAUUGGAGAAUUUUUUAUUUUAAAAAUCCUUCUUUCCCCUUCUUUUCAACAUUAUGGCCCGUACCUUUACAUACAAUAACUCACCUGGACUUCCUUGGAUUGUUCAGAAAUUUGGUGGUACUAGCGUUGGUAAAUUCUUGGACAAUAUUGCCAAUGAGGUUAUCAAAGAAUAUGUCAAGCAAAACCGCCUUGUGGUUGUAUGUUCAGCAAGAAGUGGAAAAGAUAAACAAACAGGUACCACCAACCGUCUUAUCCGUGCUGCCAAUGAUGCCUUGAAACCCGGAUCCAAAGAAUACUUGGAUAUUGUGUCUGCUUUAUUAGAAGACCAUCUUCAAGUGGCUGCUGAAAUGAUUCAUGAUGAAGAGAUUAAAAAGGGAUUAGAAAAUGAUAUCAGAUCUGAUUGUGAUAAACUCAAGUCGUUUUUAGAAGCUGCUCAGAUCAUCAAUGAAAUCUCUCCUAGAUCAAAAGAUAUCAUUAUUGGUGUAGGUGAAAAGUUGUCUUGUAGAAUUGUUGCUGCUGUGUUACAAGAUAGAGACGUGGAUGCACAAUUUGUGUCUCUUGAAAACAUCAUUGAUAAAGAUUUUGAUAAAUUAGACCAAGAUUUCUACAACUAUUUGGCUGAAAAGAUGGCUAAGGCUGUUGAGCAAUGUGGAAACAAGGUCCCCGUUGUUACUGGUUUCUUUGGUAUUGUUCCUGGUAGUUUGUUGAGCUCAGUGGGUCGCGGUUACACAGAUCUCUGUGCAGCAUUGACGGCUGUAGGUCUCUCAGCUGAAGAACUUCAGAUCUGGAAAGAAGUAGACGGUAUCUUUACAGCUGAUCCUCGUAAAGUGAAAUCUGCUCGUCUCUUACCUAUCAUUACACCUGAAGAAGCAUCUGAAUUAACAUACUAUGGUUCUGAAGUCAUUCAUCCUUUUACCAUGGAACAAGUCAUUCGUUCCCAUAUUCCCAUUCGCAUUAAAAACGUCGAGAAUCCUCGUGGCCAAGGCACUAUUAUUUUCCCUACAGACAUUGUCUCAAAAGACGGUACAUCCACACCUCCUCACUCCCCUAAAGUGUUGGCUGAAAACGGUUAUUCCUUGGACUUGUCCCGCAAGUACCCUACAGCUGUCACUAUCAAAGACCAUGUGAUUGUUCUUAACGUCCACUCUAACCGUAAGAGUGUCAGUCAUGGUUUCUUUGCAAAGAUCUUUUCUACUUUAGAUCGAUAUGGUGUUGUUGUUGAUCUUAUCUCUACUUCAGAAGUUCAUGUGUCUAUGGCUCUUGGUGAAGAUAGUAUGGAUAAAGAAUUAGAUCAUGUUAUUGCUGAUUUACGUUCUGUUGGCAGAGUGGAUGUCAUCAAAGACCUUGCUAUCCUUUCUCUUGUUGGUAAACAGAUGAAGAACAUGGUGGGUAUUGCUGGUAUGAUGUUCAGUACCUUAGCUUCUGCUGGUGUCAAUAUUGAAAUGAUCUCACAAGGUUCUUCUGAAAUUAACAUUUCUUGCGUUAUUGAUGAACGCAGUGCAGUGACUGCAAUGAAUGCUAUUCAUGACCAACUCUUAAGCAAGCGUAAUAAGCUUGUCUUGCCCUCUCUUAAAUUAUCAUUAGAAUAAAUAGAUUCUUUUUUUUUUGCAUAUAUAUAUAUAAAUAGGAC